AAUAGGAAACUGCAAAUUGUAAUUCCAUUCACGAUAAUUUAUCGAAAAUCGCAAAUUAAUUAUCCAGUGUGUAAUUUAAGUAUCUACUACAACAUUAACAUUUGAUUAAUAUUACAAUGUUUGAGUUUUUUGAUCAAUCAAAAAGAUUGUUAAUUUAAAUCACAAAACAACCCCAUAAACUAUUUCGCAUGUUUUGUGACUGAAAAGCGUAAAAUAUGAAUAAAACAGAACUGGAGGGCACUGCCCACUUGUUAGAUGAGCUCGACAAAAAACUAAUGGUGUUAUUACGUGAUGGGAGAACUCUAAUCGGUUAUCUUCGAAGUGUUGAUCAAUUUGCAAAUUUGGUUUUACACCGGACUAUAGAACGCAUUCAUGUGGGUAAAGAAUAUGGGGAUAUUCCCCGGGGUGUCUUUAUAGUGAGAGGCGAAAAUGUUGUCUUAUUGGGGGAGAUUGAUUCAGAGAAAGAAACCGAAUUGCCUUUGACUGAAGUGUCAGUGGAUGAAAUACUCGAUGCUCAAAGACAAGAACAGGAGUUAAAACAAGAACAACAAAAGUUGGUCUCGAAGGCAUUGAAAGAACGGGGGCUUCACUUAAUGGCAGAUUUGACUCACGACGACAUGUUUUAAAUCUCAUUUUUAGGUAAAGAAACAAAAAACCCUAAUUAUCACUAUUUAUUAAAAUUUCUCAUUUUUAUGUCAUUUGUUAUCUUUAAUAAAUAUAUUUACAAACUGA